GAUAUCCUCCUGACUCGUUCGUGCAACAAAAACAUUCUCUAAAGGAAGAUUUGCUUCAUCCAAAUACGAGGAGCUGCUUAUAUUAUUACACACAGGUGAUACCAGAGCUCCCUAGUGAUCGGAACUCGGUGUGGAAUACUUCAACCAAUCAACAAGCUCUUCGUCGCGUCUCCUGGAUUGCAACUUCGAAUCUCAUCUCAUGUUGACUAUAGAAAUUAUUUCGAAAGAAUAACAAUUGAGCUAUUCUACACAGCGAUUCUCAUAAUGGCGCCCAACGCAACUACUCUGCCCCUUCCCUUCCACCCAUACUAUCCUCUCGAUCUCGAAAUUCCACAUUACCUUGCCAAUCAAUGGGAUACCUUAACACUGGUCUCGAUAUUCGCUGCAGGAUGCGCUGCCAUUUUCUCCAGCACUUAUCUGCUGGUGAUGAGAGUCAGACCACGGAUUUCAACAGCUGAUUUAGUGACUGUUCUCUGGUUUGUUUUAUGUGGUUGCAUUCACCUCUUUUUCGAAGGUUAUUAUGCCUACAAUUUUCGACGCAUGCCACUCAUGCAAGACCUCUUCGGCCAACUCUGGAAAGAAUAUUCGCUGUCUGAUUCGCGAUAUCAAACACAAGAUGCGUUCGUUCUCUGCAUGGAAACCAUUACUGCAGUGUGUUGGGGGCCUUCGUCAUUUAUCCUCGCGGCCAUGAUUGCGACGGAUCAUUCUCUUCGAUACCCUUUGCAGGCAAUUAUAUCGUUGGGCCAAUUGUAUGGAGAUGUGUUGUACUAUGCGACGUGUUUAUUCGAUUUCUACAUCUUGGGGUUGGAGUAUUCGAGACCGGAACCUGCGAUUUUCUGGGGAUAUUUUGUCUUUAUGAAUUCGUUUUGGAUUGUGAUUCCUUGCAUACUUCUGUUCAACAGUGUAAAGGCAACUGGGAGGGCAUUCUCGGCGUUGAAAAAGAUGGAGAAGACAUUGAAGGCAAAUACAAACGGCAAUGGCUCUUUGAAGAAGAAGAUAUAAUCGGAAGCAUAGAACCGGACGCUUUACCUCGGCAUAUGAUAAUUACAGAAUCUCGCAACUGUUGGUCCAAUGGCUUGGAUGAUUCGAUUUGGUUAUCUUCGUCCAACCUUCUCUAUUCAUUCACUCACUACGCAAUCAACCGUCAACCCCACUAUGGGAUUACAAAUACAACUUCCCCAGUUUCGGA